AUGGCUGUCGGCCGGGAUGUUGAUACCAUCCUCAAGGGCAAAUACCCCGGCAAAGCCCAUGCCAGGCGCGUUGUCCAAUACAUCCGCUCCAGAGUCACCGAUGCCACCAAUGGCAUCAUCUACCUUGAAGGCCGCACCGACGGACUACUCGAAGACUCGGACGAACCCAUUCCCUUUCGCCAGCGCAGGGCUUUCAUGUAUCUGACUGGCGUUGACCUGCCCGACUGCUAUCUGGUAUACGACAUCGCCAAGGAGCACUCUACUCUGUUCAUCCCCCCCGCCGAUCCCGAGAGCAUCGUUUGGUCUGGUCUGCCGCUCACCCCCGAGGAGGCCCUAAAGAGAUACGAUGUCGAUGCCGUACUGCCAAGCACAGAACUGAACGCCACGCUGGCCAAGCUGGGCGCCGAGAACAAGGGUGCCGAGAGCAACGUCUUUGCCAUCGCCGGUCGUGUUGCCGACCAUGUUACGUUCCUCGAGUUCGACAACAAGAACCUUGAGAUUCUGGGCGAGGCCAUCGACGAGUCCCGCGUCGUGAAAGACGAGUAUGAGAUCGCCCUGAUCAGGAAGGCCAACAUCGUCUCGGGCGCAGCGCAUAAGGCCGUGUUCGAGCACGUCAAGUCGGCCAAGAACGAGUACGAACUCGAGGGCGUCUUCGUAGGAGAGUGCAACAAGCGAGGCGCAAAGAAGCAGGCGUAUCCAAGCAUUGUCGCCAGUGGACGGGCCGCCGCCACGUUACACUACGUCCAUAAUAACCGCGACCUACACCAAGAUGGUCAGGCGAAGGAGUUGCUACUCCUGGAUGCUGGUGCCGAGUGGGAUUGUUACAGUUCCGAUAUCACGCGGACAUUCCCCAUCUCUGGAAAGUUCACCGAUAAGUCGCGGGCCAUCUACGAUAUUGUUCUCAAGAUGCAGAACGAUUGUAUUAAUGUAUUGAAAGAGGGCAUACUCUGGGAUGAUGUGCAUCUGCUUGCCCAUCAGAUUGCCAUUGAUGGCCUGCUGUCACUAGGAAUUCUCAAGGGAGAUAGGGACGAGAUUCUCAAGGCACGAACAAGCGCUGCAUUCCUGCCUCAUGGUCUCGGUCACUAUCUUGGAAUGGACACGCAUGACACUGGUGGCCAUCCAAACUACUCUGACCCGGACCCCCUAUUUAGAUAUCUGAGGUGCAGAAGGAACCUGCCCGCCGGCAGUGUCAUUACCGUCGAGCCAGGUAUCUACUUCUGCGAGUUCAUCAUCCGGCCGUACCUCGAGGACCCCAAGCACUCCCAGUAUAUCGACGAGAAGGUUCUAGACGGGUACUGGGACGUCGGUGGUGUGCGAAUCGAGGACAACAUCCUGAUCACCAAGGAUGGUAGUGAGAACUUGACGGAUGUCGCCAAGGACGCAGCUGAGCUGGAGAAGAUCAUCGCCUCAAGCUAA